GCGGGCGGUGGCUGUGAGGCGCCGCGGCCGGUGUCGGGGUGAGCGAGGCUGUGGGGGUCUGUGAGGGUCUGCGUGGUGCGGGGACGUCUCCUCCUACAUCCUAAAUGCGUCCUGGGGAGCGCCCCUAUUCCGUCCCCUUUUCCACGUGUGGGUUUCCCCCUUCGCCGUUUCUUGCUUGGCAGCCGCUGCCGUUCCCGCCUUUCUUUGUGUUCUGGGGAGCGGGGCAAGCAAGCCAGGACCAUGCUUCAGGAAGGUGCGCACGGAAAAUGGACAGUUUCGAGCAGUGAUGAGAGUACCGAAGAGAACUCGGACAGUGAGAAGCCAUCCACAUCUUCGCUGCUGAGCGCCGCACAGGGCAAAGCGAGCGGGCCCCAGUACCCUUGCUCCGAAGCCAGGAAGGCUGCUCACAAGAGAAAAGCUUCUCCGGUGAAGUUCAGUGAUAAAAGUCUUGCUCCAGAAACACCUCCAGCAGAAAAACAGAGAGCGGGCCAAGAAGGCUUAGGCUGGUGUCUUUCCAGUAGUGACGAAGAGCCCGAAGACCGAGAAAAGAGUGCCCCCAAAGAAAGGCUGAAAGAAGAGAAGUGUGAUGCACCCGAAGAGCCACCUCUGAAUCAUAGCAAAGAUGAGCGGUUGGGGAAUCAUAAAGCAGAGGACUAUAACGAAGCACCUAGCAAAGCCCAGGAUACCUGGGAUUUGUUGAACGGAGGGAACCCUUUCAGGUUUUUUCUCACUAAAGUCACAGGAAUUAAACAGAGGUAUAAUUCUGGAGCCCUGCACAUAAAAGAUAUCUUGUCUCCUCUUUUUGGGACUCUCAUAUCUUCUGCUCAGUUUAACUACUGCAUAGAUGUGGAAUGGCUCGUUAGACAGUAUCCACAGGAAUUCAGGAAGAAGCCAUUGUUGAUAGUUCAUGGUGAGAAGAGGGAAUCCAAAGCUGAACUGCUUGCACAAGCACGCCCUUUUGACAACAUUAGUUUCUGUCAGGCUAAACUGGAUAUUGCAUUUGGAACUCACCACACGAAAAUGAUGCUCUUGUUAUAUGAAGAAGGUCUUCGAGUUGUGAUACAUACAUCCAAUCUUAUUGCUGAUGACUGGCAUCAGAAAACUCAGGGAAUAUGGCUAAGCCCUUUAUACCCAAGGCUACCUCAGGGAACAGCUGGUUCUGCUGGUGAAUCUGAAACUAAUUUUAAAUCUGACCUAAUAAGUUACUUGAUGGCUUACAAUGCUCCUACACUCAAGGAAUGGAUAGAUGUGAUUCAACAACAUGACUUAUCAGAGACAAGAGUGUAUCUGCUUGGUUCUACCCCUGGACGAUAUCAAGGUAUUGAUAAAGAAAAGUGGGGUCAUCUUAGGCUCAGAAAGCUUUUGAAAGAGCAUGCUUCAUCAGUACCAGCACAGGAGUCGUGGCCUGUUGUUGGACAGUUCUCAAGCAUUGGUUCAAUGGGAGCUGAUGAGUCCAAAUGGCUGUGCUCUGAGUUCCAGGAGAGUCUGGUGGCUGCAGGCAGCAGAGCAACAACUCUCCUUAAAUGUGAUGUUCCAGUUCCAGUUCAUUUGGUUUAUCCUACUGUGAACAAUGUGAGACAAAGUCUGGAAGGCUAUCCCGCUGGUGGCUCCCUUCCAUACAGUAUACAGACAGCACAGAAACAGCUGUGGUUGCAUACUUAUUUUCACAAAUGGUCGGCAGAAGUCUCAGGUCGAAGUCAUGCUAUGCCUCACAUUAAGACGUAUAUGAGACCCUCUCCUGACUUCAAAAAGAUUGCAUGGUUUUUAGUUACAAGUGCCAAUCUAUCUAAAGCAGCAUGGGGAGCUUUGGAGAAAAAUGGCACCCAACUGAUGAUCCGCUCAUAUGAACUUGGAGUCCUUUUCUUGCCUUCAGCAUUUGGUUUGGACAAAGGUUACUUCCGUGUGAGAGGGCAAAUGGUUUCAGAAGGUAAUGAUUCAGCAACAUCUUUUCCUGUACCUUUUGACCUGCCACCAGAACGGUAUGGAAGCAAAGAUCAACCAUGGAUUUGGAAUAUUCCUUACACUGAUGCCCCUGAUACACAUGGAAACAUGUGGGUUCCAUCAUGAACGUUACCGGUGUUCUGUGAUGUUUCACUGACUGACACUGAGCCUGCUAUGCUAGAUGCAAGACUGCUUAUUUGUGUUUUUAAGCUACGAUGUCUGCUGUAAUGGCUAAGUUCUAGUUGAAAGAUAACUGUUGAUACUGGACAGAGUCUUAGAGAAUCUGUAACUAUAUUACUAUAAAUGAACUCGUAACACUGCAUUUUUUUAAAUACCUUUUUAUAUGUGUUUUCAUUACUGCUGUUUCCAGUAUGUUUUUCAAGAUUUUUUUCAAGAUUCAAAACAAGUGUAAGACUGUUCUCAGAGAUCCUCUCUGCAGUUUUUAGCUGUAGUGGAUUUGAAUUGUAUUGUUCUGGGAGACUGUCAGUUGGCCCCAGUAGCUCUAAUAAAAGCUAUUGUAUGUAAAACUUAAAUGAAAAUAAAGUUAAUCUUGUUUAUAUA